UGAGCGCUGGCCGAUAUCGCCUCGCUGUGGCGUGUCAUCGAGGGGUUAUCGCCUCGGAAAAAGUUGGAGGUGAUUGCUAAUCGCCUCUGAUAACUUCAUAACGACUGUCGCGAAAGAAACCCUGCUGAUAUUGUCACGACCCGAAGACAAUCGCUUAAUCGCCCAACAAAACGCUUCUUUUACCGUUGAUCUGCAUCUCGCCAUGUCUCGCACACUGCUCAUCGCCCCGCCAUCCAUCUCAGCGCAUCCCGAAGUCCUCAACAAUGUCUGGGAGAUCCACGACCGCACCUCGACAGACCUGCAGAUGUUGGAUCGCAUCGCAGCCGGCUUAGUGAACCUACCAUCCGCCACAUACGAUGUUGUUCUCCUCCUCACCGACGCCGAUGGCACAACACGCGAGAGUCAUCGGUUGCUCGCAAGAGAUGUGAUGAACAAGGUUGUAAGCGCUCUACGCGUGGGAGGGGUCUUCAAAAGUCAGGACGGCAGUCUGCAGGGCUCAGAGAAGACAGAGGCCAUAUUGGCUGGGUUGGUCGACGGCCCACAGGGUAUGACGAAGCCGGAGCAGGAGGAGAGUGUGUCGAUACCGUUGAAGUUUGGCAAGAAGAAGACGAACGGUGUGAAUGGGACAAAUGGUGCCAUCAAUGGAACACAGACGGCGAAUGCAGAUGGCUCGGUCCCGUUGACCCUGAACGGCAAGCGCAAAUCCCCAGAGCCCGUCAAGCCAGCUGGCGUAGGCUUUGUCGACUUCAGUGACGAUCUGGACGACAUCAUAACAGGCGAAGAUGACGACCUCGUCGACGAAGACGACCUUCUCACAGAACAAGACAUGGCCAAACCAAUCGUUCAACAAUGCCGCCCCAAAUCUGGCAAGCGCCGCCGUGCCUGCAAAGACUGCACCUGCGGUAUGAAGGAAAAGCUCGAGGCUGAAGACGCCGCCAAACGCGACUCCGCCGACAAAGUACUCAACACGAUGAUGUUGGGCGACGACGAUCUCGUCGACGAGGUUGACUUUACCGUGCAGGGCAAAGUGGGGAGUUGCGGGAAUUGCGCACUGGGAGACGCGUUCAGAUGUGAUGGUUGCCCAUAUAUUGGGUUGCCAGCCUUCAAGCCUGGGGAGGAAGUCAGGUUGCUGAAUAACGAUAUCCAGUUGUAGGUUUCGGAGUUGACGUGUAUAUGGACUGCAUGAACAAGGCGUUACGGAGGAGAAUCUGAUUGCGAGGCUAGACGGUGGUGAUGCAUGGAUAUAGGCGUAAAACAUAUUUGUCGUUGAACCAAGACAUUGGCCCGCAAUUGUGUUGAUGCUUACGCCUACGCUUCGUAUGAAAGACGUCGCCCGAUCGAAACUGAGGAGUAUUG